GUUCUCCUCGUCCGCUCAGGACUCAGCGAGGGAGGCUCUGCGCGUGCCGCAGCUGACGGGGAAACAGGCACGGAGCCCCGCGCUGCCGGCGGUAACACCCCAGACGCGGGUUUGAACCCGCCUGGCCGCGCCCCCAGCCUCUCUUCCCCUGAGGGGAGCUUGAGCCCCGGACCUCUAGUCCUCCCGGUCUUUCUCUGAAUUAAGCUUAGAGAUGAACGCAGAGCCGCCCUUCUGGAUCGGGCUGGGGUUGGAGGCUGCGUCUUUCCCCUUGGGGUCGACGCAGUGCUCAGUCUUGGCCGGGCCCGGAGCCACACAUGGCUGAGUCUGAAUCCCUGGGAGAAGAGCACCGGGACCUGAGCGGGGGCCCCAGGGCCAGCUCUGAGAUCCGAGUGUCUGAAUCACGAAGACCCUCUUGGGCCAAGCCAGGGUGACUGUCUCUGUUCCUUGUCCCUGCUUGCGGCACACAGCACCUACAACCCUUGGAAACCGAGUUAUGCGAGAGCCUUUCGCUAAUGAGGCCUCCAGGAGCCGUCCAGGCCAUCUCUGACCAUGGGAGUGAGGCAGCCACCCUGCUCCCGCCAGCUGCUGGCAGUCUGCGCCCUCGUGUCCCUGGCCACAGCUGUGCUCCUGGGGCACGUCCUGCUCCAUGAUUUGCUGGUGGUUCCCCGAGAGCUGGAUGGCUCCUCCCCAGUCCUGAAGGAGACCCACUCAGCUCACCAACAGGGAGCCAGCAGGCCAGGGCCCCGCCAUUACCCCGGCCGAUCCAGAGCAGCACCCACACACUGCGACAUCCCCCCCAACAACCGCUUCGACUGUGCCCCCGACAAGACCAUCACCCAGGAGCAGUGCGAGGCCCGUGGCUGCUGCUACAUCCCUGCGGAGCAGGCACUGCAGGGUGCCCAGAUGGGGCAGCCCUGGUGCUUCUUCCCACCCAGCUACCCCAGCUACAAGCUGGAGAACCUGAGCUCCUCUGAAAUGGGCUACACGGCCACCCUGACCCGAACCACCCCCACCUUCUUCCCCAAGGACAUCCUGACCUUGCGGCUGGACGUGAUGAUGGAGACUGAGAACCGCCUCCACUUCACGAUCAAAGAUCCCGCUAACAGACGGUACGAGGUGCCCUUGGAGACCCCGCGUGUCCACAGCCGGGCGCCGUCCCCACUCUACAGCGUGGAGUUCUCCGAGGAGCCCUUCGGGCUGAUCGUGCGCCGGGAGCUGGGCGGCCGCGUGCUGAAAAUGCUCGGGAAGGACAUUACUUGGAUUUGCCUUAAUCUUAAGAGGAUUCGCCUUCGGAAAUGCAUCUUUUAUUUUUCACUCAUUCAUUUACUCAGUGUUCACUUACUGACCCCCAUGUGCCAGUUCCAGCACUUUGGGAGCCCAAGACGGGAGGAUUGCUUGAGCCAGGAGUUCAAGACCAGCCUAGGCAACAUAGCAAGACCCCAUCUCUACAAAAAAAUUAAAAUAGCCGGGAGUUGUGGCACAUGCCUGUGGUCCCAGCUACUUAGGAGGCUGAGGCUAAACACGACAGUGGCACCGCUGUUCUUCGCGGACCAGUUCCUGCAGCUGUCCACCUCGCUGCCCUCGCAGCUCAUCACAGGCCUCGCCGAGCACCUCAGUCCCCUGAUGCUCAGCACCAGCUGGACCAAGAUCACCCUGUGGAACCGGGACCUCGCACCCACGCCGGGUGCAAACCUCUACGGGUCUCAUCCUUUCUACCUGGUGCUGGAGGACGGCGGGUCAGCACACGGGGUGUUCCUGCUGAACAGCAAUGCCAUGGACGUGGUCCUGCAGCCGAGCCCCGCCCUCAGCUGGAGGUCCACAGGUGGGAUCCUGGAUGUCUAUGUCUUCCUGGGCCCGGAGCCGAAGAGUGUGGUGCGGCAGUACCUGGACGUUGUGGGAUACCCAUUCAUGCCGCCAUACUGGGGCCUGGGCUUCCACCUGUGCCGCUGGGGCUACUCCUCCACCGCCAUCACCCGCCAGGUGGUGGAGAACAUGACCAGGGCCUACUUUCCCCUGGACGUGCAGUGGAACGACCUGGACUACAUGGACGCCCGGAGGGACUUCACGUUCAACAGGGACGGCUUCCUCGACUUCCCGGCCAUGGUGCGGGAGCUGCACGAGGGCGGCCGGCAUUACGUGAUGCUCGUGGAUCCUGCCAUCAGCAGCUCAGGCCCCGCUGGGAGCUACAGACCGUAUGAUGAGGGUCUGCAGAGGGGGGUUUUCAUCACCAACGAGACCGGCCAGCCGCUGAUCGGCAAGGUGUGGCCCGGGUCCACUGCCUUCCCUGACUUCACCAACCCUGAGGCCCUGGCCUGGUGGGAGGACAUGGUGGUUGAGUUCCACAACCAGGUGCCCUUCGAUGGCAUGUGGAUUGACAUGAACGAGCCUUCCAACUUCAUCCGGGGCUCUGAGGUCGGCUGCCCCAGCAAUGAGCUGGAAAACCCGCCCUACAUGCCUGGGGUGGUUGGGGGCGCCCUCCAGGCGGCCACCAUCUGUGCCUCCAGCCGCCAGUUCCUCUCCACACACUACAACCUGCACAACCUGUACGGCCUGACCGAAGCCAUCGCCUCCCACAGAGCGCUGGUGAAGGCUCGGGGGAUGCGCCCAUUUGUGAUCUCCCGCUCGACCUUUGCGGGCCAUGGCCGAUACGCCGGCCACUGGACCGGGGACGUGUGGAGCUCCUGGGAGCAGCUGGCCUCCUCCGUGUCAGAAAUCCUGCAGUUUAACCUGCUGGGGGUGCCCCUGGUCGGGGCGGACAUCUGCGGCUUCCUGGGCAACACAUCAGAGGAGCUGUGCGUGCGCUGGACCCAGCUGGGCGCCUUCUACCCCUUUAUGCGGAACCACAAUGGCCUGCUCAAUCUGCCCCAGGAGCCGUACAGGUUCAGCGAGCCAGCCCAGCAGGCCAUGAGGAAGGCCCUGGCCCUGCGCUACGCACUCCUCCCCCACCUCUACACACUGUUCCACCUGGCGCAUAUCGGCGGGGAGACCGUGGCCCGGCCCCUCUUCUUGGAGUUCCCCAAGGACUCCAGCACCUGGACUGUGGACCACCAGCUGCUGUGGGGGGAGGCCCUGCUCAUCACCCCAGUGCUCCAGGCUGGGAAGACCGAAGUGACUGGCUACUUCCCGUCAGGCACAUGGUACAACCUGCAGACGGUGCCAAUAGAGGCCCUUGGCAGCCUCCCACCUCCACCCAAAACUCACUGUGAGCCAGCCAUCCACAGCGAGGGGCAGUGGGUGACACUGCCGGCCCCCCUGGACACCAUCAAUGUCCACCUCCGGGCUGGGUACAUCAUCCCCCUACAGGGUCCCGGCCUCACAACCACUGAGUCCCGCCGGCUGCCCAUGGCCCUGGCUGUGGCCCUGACCACGGGUGGGGAGGCCCGAGGCGAGCUGUUCUGGGAUGACGGAGAGAGCCUGGGAGUGCUGGAGCGAGGGGCCUAUACACAGGUCACCUUCCUGGCCAGGAGCAACACGAUCAUGAAUGAGCUGGUGCAUGUGAUCAGCGAGGGGGCUGGCCUGCAACUGCAGAAGGUGACCGUCCUGGGCGUGGCCACGGCGCCCCAGCAAGUCCUCGCCAACGGGGUCCCUGUCUCCAAUUUCACCUAUAGCCCUGACACCAAGGUCCUGGACAUCCCUGUCUCGCUGUCGAUGGGAGAGCAGUUUCUUAUCAGGUGGUCUUAGCCAGGCAGAGUGUGUGGGUCUCUCUGGAGGGAGGCAGAGCCUGUGUGCGGGCAGCAGCUACGUGUAGGGCUGGGGGUUAGAUGUGCCACCCGGAGCCUGGCACUGACUAUCCGGAGCCUCCAUAUCGCUCAUCUCCACCUCCUGGGCAGGGCUCUGGCUCCCACGUGUCUAGGAGAGGUUUCUCCCCAGAGGGCACUGUGGCCCAGGGCCCUGGAGGGCUGCUCUGGCUCUGCGUUAGGAAGACUGUGUGGUUUGCCCCCUCAGCUGUCACUGGCAGGCAGGUAGCGUUAGCCACCGCCCUGUCUGUUCCCAGCACCGCCCUCCGUCUGUCCCCAGCACUGGAGAAGGGGGUGCUCAGGUGGGGGUGUGGCGUGUGCACUGACCUCCUGCCUCGUGCCUGCUGCUCCAUCCCCGUGUAGCCACUGCCGGGCUAUCCAGAGGGCUAAACGCCUGCCGGCAAGCCUGGAAACUCAGGAAAAUUCACAGGACCUGGGAGAUUCUAAAUCUUAAGUGCAAUUGUUUAUAAUAAAAGGGGCAUUUGGAAUCA